AUGGCGAACAUGGACCCGGAGAACAUCACUCUCCAGGAUGCUCUCAAAGCCACGAGCGAUCUCUACCUCCGGCGCUUGCCGCAACACAUCCAGGUAGGACCAAUGCCGAGAGGUAUCGUUAGUCCCCUUGUGCUACCACUUCGUGAUCUCAAUCCGUCCGCACAGCAAAUGAAGCACUGCUUUGACCUCAUCUACGACUACACAGGCAACAUCUCCACGGAUGCCUUGGCCCCAAUCCUUCGCGACCAGGCCUGGAGCGAACUGCCGGUUCCCUUUGGCCUCAAGAAUGAGCUGGGUGUCAAGUACGACUUACUGCAAAUCUUCAUCAUCCCACAGGAGAAUGGCAAACAUUGCUUGGUAAAACACAUCUUCCUUCCGGAUGCCAAGGUCAAAGCUUCCCUUUUCCAUGAAGUCGUCUAUGGCACUGUUUCCAAAAAAGGCUCCCACGCACCUCCAGAAAGAUCGGAGGAGGAGUUGGACAAGGGUUUCGCCUUCAUCCGCGAGCAUGGUGUGAGAGAUAACGGCAAUCUCAAACAUCUCGCUACGGACGCCACCAUGUCGCAGCUCAUUGCCCGCUAUGACCUUGUUAUCUCGGAUUUUGAGGAUGAGGUCCAGGAGACUAGGUACUGGGGCGGUGAAGGGCAGUACCGGAGUGCCAGUGACUUCGACUACUUCAGUGGAUGUGAUGUUUCGCAGGUCGACGGGAUGGCCAUUCUGAAGCGCUCUGUCUUUCUUAUCUUUGCCAGGAACAUCAUCUACUGGCCAUUCGUCAGCACGACAAUCCCACCGCAGCACCCACUGUCUCGCUACCUGACUCCCAUCGAACUUGAUUCCCCGUCUCCUCCUGCGAAGAAGGCCCAUGUUGAUGAACUCAGUGAACCUUUGCACGUGCAGACCAUGAACCCUGACUUCGCUGGCUUCCAGUCUGCAGCUGAUGAGGACGAAGAUGUCUCGGAUCCAAUCCCGUCCUUUGGUUCCCGUCCAGACAUGUUUCUUUCCCAAGAGCUCGAGCAGAUCAUUGAUGAGACUUUUCCAGACGAAAUGGACAUUGCCUCGCCCGGCCCAGAGGAGUUUCUCAACAUGGGCACCAGACUCAAACCAUGGACCUAUUGCUCGGUGAAGAAAAUCUUUGCGUACAGGUGCACCAGGAAGUCUUGCAUGAAGCGAACGCAGCCACCGGACUUCCAUCCAAUUUUCCUCCAAGGACGUGGGAACAGCAAGACUAGCCUGCAGCUCCAGACAGCCAUCCUCUAUUGUGCCGUUAUUGGUCUUUCCGCCGUCCAGACACACUUCCUUCUGGAUGUGGAUCACAAGCCAGUCGAGAGGAUCUUCACUAAUCUCGAUAUCGCAAAAGCGCGCUACGUAGUCCACAAGGAGAAGAGCAUCCAAUACGGAGGGUGGAAGGAUGUUGAAGCUGACGAAGUUGAUCUUGGCAAAGGCAUCUUUCCCAACCCGAGAAGCCCACUCAUAAUGCCAGGUCGGAACAGUGGGGUGGCAUGA